CGCCCCGGGCCCCCCAGCAUGAAGACCCCGGCGGACACAGGGUUCGCCUUCCCGGAUUGGGCCUACAAGCCGGAGUCGUCCCCUGGCUCGAGGCAGAUCCAGCUGUGGCACUUCAUCCUGGAGCUGCUGCGGAAGGAGGAGUACCAGGGUGUCAUCGCCUGGCAGGGGGACUACGGGGAAUUCGUCAUCAAGGACCCUGAUGAGGUGGCCCGGCUUUGGGGUGUCCGCAAGUGCAAGCCCCAGAUGAAUUACGACAAGCUGAGCCGGGCCCUGCGCUAUUAUUACAACAAACGCAUUCUGCACAAGACCAAGGGGAAACGGUUCACCUACAAGUUCAACUUCAACAAACUGGUGCUGGUUAAUUACCCCUUCAUCGAUGUGGGCUUGGCUGGGGGUGCGGUGCCCCAGAGCGCCCCUCCAGUGCCGUCGGGUGGCAGCCACUUCCGUUUCCCUCCUUCAACACCCUCCGAGGUGCUGUCCCCCACCGAGGACCCCCGCUCACCUCCGGCCUGCUCUUCGUCCUCAUCUUCCCUCUUCUCGGCUGUGGUGGCCCGACGCCUGGGCCGAGGCUCGGUCAGUGACUGUAGCGAUGGCACUUCAGAGCUGGAGGAGCCACUGGGAGAGGACCUUAGGGCCCGACCACCGGGCCCUCCGGAGCUGGGUGCCUUCCGAGGGCCCCCGCUGGCUCGCCUGCCCCACGACCCUGGCGUCUUCCGUGUCUACCCCCGGCCCCGGGGUGGCCCUGAGCCCCUGAGCCCCUUCCCUGUGUCGCCUCUGGCCGGGCCUGGCUCCCUGCUACCCCCUCAGCUCUCACCAGCUCUGCCCAUGACGCCCACCCACCUGGCCUACACGCCCUCGCCCACGCUGAGCCCUAUGUACCCCAGUGGAGGUGGGGGCCCUAGUGGCUCGGGGGGAGGCUCCCACUUCUCCUUCAGCCCUGAGGACAUGAAACGGUACCUUCAGGCCCACACCCAAAGCGUCUACAACUACCACCUCAGCCCCCGCGCCUUCCUGCACUACCCUGGGCUGGUGGUGCCCCAGCCCCAGCGCCCUGACAAGUGCCCGCUGCCGCCCAUGGCACCUGAGACCCCGCCGGUCCCCUCCUCGGCCUCGUCCUCCUCUUCCUCUUCUUCUUCCCCAUUCAAGUUUAAGCUCCAGCCGCCCCCACUGGGACGCCGGCAGCGGGCAGCCGGGGAGAAGGCUCCAGCGGGCAGCGACAAGAGCAGUGGCAUUGGCGUUGGCAGUGGUGGCAGCAGCACAGGUGGGCUGGCUGAGGGGGCAGGGGCACUGGCCCCCCCGCCGCCGCCACAGAUCAAGGUGGAGCCUAUCUCAGAAGGAGAGUCGGAGGAGGUGGAGGUGACUGACAUCAGCGAUGAGGAUGAGGAAGAUGGAGAGGUGUUUAAGACGCCUCGUGCACCCCCUGCACCCCCCAAACCUGAGCCUGGCGAGGCACCUGGGGCCGCCCAGUGCAUGCCCCUCAAGCUUCGCUUUAAACGACGCUGGAGUGAAGACUGUCGCUUGGAGGGGGGUGGGGGCCCCACUGGGGGCCUCGAGGAUGAGGGCGAGGACAAGAAGGUGCGUGGGGAGGGGCCCGGGGAGGCCGGGGGGCCCCUCACCCCGAGGAGGGUGAGCUCUGACCUCCAGCACGCCACAGCCCAGCUCUCUCUGGAGCAUCGAGAUUCCUGAGGGAUGUGGGCAGGGGACCGUGUUCCCCCACCCCCCCCAUGCUUCUUUUGCUGCCUUAAAUCCCGUGCCCUGGAGGUGAGGGCAGCCCUAGUCUCUUCCCCACCUCCUUCCUUUCCCCCUACCCACGUUUUGUAUAAAACUUAAUUUUUUUUUU